UUCGAUGUGAUAUACUUCAAGGAAGCUGAGCCAGAUGUUUUAUAUAGAAUCAGUGUUUUUCAUGCAAUUUCUCUGCAAUAAGCUUAUAAAGGGAUUUCUGUUCUAAAGUCCCGGGUGUGGUGGUAGAGAACUUAAGAGCAAGUAGUAGGCUUUUCAGUCAGAUGAGAGACUUUGUUGAGCUUGUCAGUUUGCCUUGGCACAAAAUGAAAAAAAUAAGGAAAAUGUAUCAGAAAGCUUGAAAGCAUUUAGGCUUAUUUUUUGGCAUAACUGUUUUGAUGCAGCUUCUGUCUGACAACGAGGCUAUUUAGAUAAGAGCUAAAUUUGGGGUUGUCAUGGUGAUUAAAUACAAAAUAGCAUAGUUCCCGAUUAAUAGAGGGUGGAACAUAGUGUAGAACUCGACCAUGUUUUCAGCUUUUGAAUUUUGGGUCUGGCAGCAUGUUACACCCACAAGUUUGAAGACAAACUGAAUAAUGCACCGGGGUGGCGCCUGGUUGCAAUCUGAAACGCCUUGAACUUUAAGUGGGAUCUUUUCUUCUGAGAAAAUGGCAGUGAUGCCAGCAAAGAUUGUGAGCUUGCAUCAACCAACUAAACAAAAAUCUUAAAUCCACCACUUGAAACAAGAUUAGUUAUCAUUUUCUCAUUGAAUGGAGGCAUACCUGUUUGCAUAAACUUCAUAAAUCAGUUAUACUUUUUGCUUACCAAAUUGAAGGUCUUGGUUUUCAGCAUAUGCAUAAAGAGAAAACAUGAUUUAGAAACAACAUUGUUGAUGUUGUAAUGCUACAAAAGUGCUGUCAAAACCUGGAAAGUGUUGGCAUUCAUAAAUAGAAUUGCAAACUGCUCUGUGGAUUGGCAGAGCAAUUUAUUUCAUCAUCCCAGUAGUGCAAAGCUACUAAAAAUAUUAAGUGUUAUAAAUAUUAACCAGUGUAAGUGGAACACUGGAAGGCUAGUUUUUUUAGUAUAAAUAUUUGUGUAUAUUGGGGGGAGGAAAAUGCUGGGCAGGCAUUUUAACUGUAGAGGAAUAAAACUGAUGUUAUCCAUUUAACUUAAAGCAGUUAAUCAAUUUGGGAAAGCUACAUGUGAAAUGUAACACACUGGUAAUGAUUAUUUAAUGAGUUUUAAUUAUUCAGAACUCCCAGCUGUUGUGGGCACGUCAUUUAAAUUCUCUUUUGUGGUAUGUUUUCACCAAGAGUCUGUAGUAAAACACAGUGCUGAGGUUUCUUCACUUUUACAGUGGAAUCUGUAGUCCUAGGACUCAAUUCUAUACUGAAUCCCACUAAUUUCAGUGACUGUGUAAGAUGCUGCCUAAAUUGGCAUGUGGAGCUGAUGUUAAUGCAGCUCAGCUGAGGAUCAAGACUUGUUUUACACAGCUGGUUCUAUAUGUUACGUUUUUCCACAUAUAACAUGCUUUGCUUUCCAAGAUGCAUCACUAAACAGAAACUGCAUGGUCAAUGUUAAAUGUAUUUGUACACAUUGUAUAAAUGUGUAUGUUCUCAUUCCUGCAUGUGUAUGUUACUUAAGAGAAUUUUAGAGACCCAUACUGUACAGCUGUGUCAUUUGCCACUGGCAGCCAGAUCUUUUGGUAUCACUAUGGAUGAACAUUUUGUUUUAUUUAUAUAGUGUCCAGACACGUGCUAGGCGCUUUACAGAUAUGAGAAGGGUCCUACCUCAGGUGAUUUGGUUGGUGGCCCUGAUCUUUCCUUUCAUUUUUUUUUUUUUUUGGCCUUUGUUAAGUAUCAAAUAUGAACAGAAGAUUGGAUCAUGGGUGCAAAUUGCUGGAUCAGAGCCAAAACAAAUAAGUUACCCAGACAAAAGGCUUAAAAGUCUGACGUAAAAUGAUGUUUGGGAAAAACAAAAAUUGAGAAAAUCCCAAUCCUUUUAUGCUUUGUUAUUAGCUUAGUCCUGCUUGUGUACUCAGAUUGGUUUCUAGUGCAUUUUCUGUUCUACUUAAGAAAUGUUUAUUAAUCCAUAAAUUAUUUUUAAUCCUUUACUUUACAUUUUUAUUAAUGGUGAAACUUCAGGCUUGAGUUGUUUGACCAGUUCCUUCUGCAUUUGAGUAAAACUGGUUAUUCUGGCUAGGAGAGAGAAAUUCUUCUGAAUGUGCCCUUGUUGCUUUUGUUGCUACUGGUUGAGUCUUUCCCCUGGGGGUCAAGAAACUUCAAUGGUCAGCUGCUGAAGUGUGUCCAGAGGCUGGCAUUCAUGACAGGAAGCACACAAAAUGGUUAAAGAAGCUAAUGUCAAACAAGCUGCAGCAGAAAAACAGUUAAAAGAAGCACAGGGGAAGAUUGAUGUCCUUCAGGCUGAAGUAGCGGCACUGAAAACACUAGUACUGUCUACUUCACCUACAUCUCCAACUAAGGAGUUUCAGUCUGGUGGAAAAACUGCUUUUAAGAAAGGGCACGCAAGAAACAAGAGUACAAGUAGUGCUAUGGGUGGAAGUCAUCAGGACCUUACUAUGAUGCAGCCAAUUGUAAAAGACUGCAAAGAGGCUGACCUAUCUUUGUACAACGAAUUCAGAUCAUGGAAAGAUGAACCUACUAUGGACAGAACAUGCCCAUUCUUGGACAAAAUCUAUCGGGAAGAUAUUUUUCCAUGCUUAACCUUCUCAAAAAGUGAGUUGGCCUCAGCUGUUCUGGAAGCUGUUGAAAACAACACUCUGAGCAUUGAACCUGUUGGCUUGCAACCUGUUCGAUUUGUGAAAGCUUCUGCAGUUGAAUGUGGGGGACCAAAGAAAUGUGCUUUAAGUGGACAAAGCAAGUCGUGCAAGCAUAGAAUCAAAUUAGGAGAUUCAAGCAGUUACUACUAUAUUUCUCCUUUUUGUCGUUACAGGAUAACUUCUGUGUGCAACUUCUUUACGUAUAUUCGAUACAUCCAGCAAGGACUGCUGAAGCAGCAAGAUGUGGAUCAGAUGUUCUGGGAAGUUAUGCAGCUGAGAAGAGAGAUGUCACUAGCGAAGCUUGGCUAUUACAAGGAAGAACUCUAAAUCUUUUUACUCUUGAGCAUGCAUGAACUUCAUGUAAGAUACAUAACUCUAAAAUUGAUGAAUCUUUUUUGUCACUUGAUAUUUAUUUCCACAAAGUGGGUCCAAGAUCUUUCUCCUUUGGCAGAUUGCACUAAGAAGUACUGUGAUUGUUUUAAACUGACCUAUGCUGUAUAUGUGUCCAUAUAAUACCUAGUUGAACAAAUGUGGUAAGCACUUGCAGGUGUAUUAGUGAUUGUAAUUUACAUUUAAAAACAAGACUUCUGAUUAAAUAAACGUUGGUCUGAAGCAGCA